GUCAACGUUUUGCCUUAAACCACAGCACAUCCUGCUCCUGUGUGCACCUGAGGACUAGAGCAAAGUUGAGGCAGCAUGGAUGUAAGUACUUCAUCAAAUUCUCAGAUCUCUACUCUGCAUUCUGAUCCUCUGUGUGGCAGCUGCCCGUCCUCUGGUUCUGCCCCACAGGCUAACAGCCUUUGGCCCAGCCUGUCACCUUCUGGAGCUGGAUUCCCCACUUGGCCAGGACAGGCCACUCAACCCGCACCGUGCUGGACAGGCCAGCCAAACUCACCCUGCUGGCCUGGGAUGCAACCAGCUCCAGUCUCUGUCCCCACUUCAAUUCCACUCCAAUCUCCCACUCAAGUCAUAACACCACCUCCUGCGCCAACCACAACUGUAGUUCCAGCUCCAACUGCAGUGCAGCCCUGUCAGCCUUGCUGGCCAGGCAUCCAGUACCAGCCUCCUCAGCAACCAGCUCCAAUUCAAGUUCAAGUCCCAAAUCCAACUCCAACUCCAGUUCCAGUGCCUGCACCUGCUCCCAGCAUCCAUCCAAAUGUACCAGGCUGGCCUGCAAAUCCCGGCUGGCCCUAUAACCCGGGACAAUCAGGAUGGCCUGGGCAGAAUCCAUCCAUCAUGCCUCCCCACUGGCUCCCACCCACAUCUGGACCUCUAAGCGUGCCAUACAACUUGAACCUGGCCCGAGGGGUGUAUGACAAAAUGAUGAUGACGAUCUUGGGCUAUGUGAAACCUAACGCUAAAAUGUUCACAGUGAACUUCCUGAGAGGCAACGACAUCGCCUUUCACAUCAACCCCCGCUUCAACGAGGCGGGCAAGCAGGUGCUUGUCCGCAACCACAAACUGGGUGAACGCUGGGGUGCCGAAGAGAGAGACCUGAAGGGUCCCUUCCCUUUUGCGCUUGGGAGCCCUUUUGAGGCCUCGAAAAAAUGGAAAGGGUUGGAAAGUCGUUUGUGCAGGCGGGUCCUAGAUAAGGGAGCUGCUAUGCUGCAGGGAGGCUCCUGGAGGUCAGUGGGGGUCUCAUGUUGCUCAGUAACAUCAAUAACACUUAUGUUUAACAGGCAUCGUAAAGAGGAGACUAAUCUGUGGAGCUGAUUCUGUCUUUGUGUC